UUGCCAGAGUAACGGCUGCCUGUUGCCUGGUAACAGAGCCCUCCUCUCAGCUGUACGUCCACUACGCAUGCGCGUUGUAGUCAGCUGGGUUCUGAGGAAGCAGCAUCAUGGCGGCGUCCGCUCGCGGCGUGCAGUGUGCCUUGAGGAGAGCGAUGGUUCCGUCUUUGGUGGUGAUUUUAGGAGCUACCGGCACCGGCAAGUCCAAGCUGGCGAUCGAGAUCGGUAAACAGCUUCAGGGAGAAAUCAUCAGCGCCGAUUCCAUGCAGGUAUACCAUGGGCUCGACAUCAUAACCAAUAAGGUGACAGCUGAGGAGGGUGCCCAGUGUAGACAUCACAUGAUCAGCUUUGUGGACCCGUUGGUGAGCAGCUACACCGUGGUGGACUUCAGGAAUAAAGCCUUGGCUCUAAUAGACGACAUGCACAGUAGAAAGAAGCUGCCUGUCGUUGUUGGCGGAACAAACUAUUACAUUGAGUCUCUGCUGUGGAAAGUCCUGCUGGACACAGGGCAGGAGAAUGAGGACUCAGGGGACGGGGGAGACGUGUCCCCUGACAGGAGGUUGGAACUGGAGAAACUGGGUGGAGCUGAGUUGCAUAAACGGCUCAACGAGGUGGACCCCAAAAUGGCCGCCAUGUUGCACCCCAAUGACAAACGCAAGAUAGCCAGGAGUCUUCAAAUCUAUGAGGAGACAGGCUUCCCACAGAGCCGCUGGCUGGAGGAACAGAGGGGGCAGGAGGGGGGUGAUGGACUGGGGGGGCCACUGAGAUACUUGAACCCCUGUAUCUUCUGGUUGCACGCUGACAUGGAGGCUCUCGACAUGCGUCUGGAUGCUCGUGUUGAUGACAUGUUGUCUGCUGGACUAAUAGAGGAGCUCAAAGACUUCCAUGUUCGCUACAAUCAGCAGAAAAUCCAGGAUGAAAGUCAGAACUAUCAACACGGGAUUUUUCAGUCGAUUGGUUUUAAGGAGUUUCACAACUACCUGACUGCCCCUGAAAGCAGCAGCCAGCAGGAGAAAGACACACUACGAGACAAAGGCAUAGAGGCUCUGAAGAUCGCUACAAGGCGCUAUGCCCGCAAACAGAACAAAUGGGUUCGGAACCGCUUCCUUAAAAGACCAGGAGACAACGUGCCGGUGGUGUAUGGCCUGGAUGUGACGGACGUGUCGCGGUGGGAGGAGACGGUGCUGAACCCUGCACUGCAGAUACUGGACAGUCUCAGUAAGGGGGAGGAGCCAGCUGUUGCACCAAUCAGAGUCCAGGGGACAGAGCAGAGAAACAAACGCAGCCACCAUUCAUGUGACCUGUGUGAUAAAGUGAUCAUCGGUGACCUGGAGUGGACAGCUCACCUUAAGUCCAAAAAGCAUCACUAUCAUGUGAGGAAGAAGAGGAAGUUGGACUCAUCUGACCAAUCCCAGGUUACCUCUGCACCUCCUGACUCAACUGCAGAGAUCUCAGAGAGCAUCUCCAAGGACUCUUGUGUAUCUCUCCCCCCCUCCCAGGAGUCGACCCAGGACACCCGGACAUUACAACAGGAAGUACCUGGGUCUGUUUAAGAGCUGUGCAGACUCUGGACUACACUCAUCAUCAUUCAGGUUUUCACCACUGCCCCACUCUUACAGCUGGACGCCUCCUUACAGAGAUGCUUUAUGAGUUAUAUUUUCUCCUUCACUCUGCUGCUCAGUCUUCUUAUUAUGAAACCACUUUCUGUGAAAUGGAAUGAUUAACAUUACCAGCCGCCUGGAGGAAUGAAUGGAUCAGAUUCUUACUGAAUGGGAAAAAUCUAAUUCAAAGAACAUAUUUGAAUUAAUAAUAGGGUAAAAUAAUCUUUUCUUCAAUGUCUUCAAGAGUACAGAUCCUUGAACUAAUGUAGCCGAGGUGUCAAUGAUAAGGACAAUGGAACAGUAUGGACUAGAAGAAUAACUUUUUAAGGUGUUUCAGCCAAGGAAAAUUAGACAUGUCUUUCUUUUCACUUCUGGUGAAGUCAUUUUGAAAUUGUACAAGAGGUUUAUUUUAUCCACUUUUGCUGAACAUGCCUUAAAAGAAGCAAACUUUCAUCUCAACGCUACUAACCACAAAAACUCCCACCUUUACCAGUUAACAUAGCAUUUCUGAAGUUUGUCAUCCUUUUUUGUAGCUUUGAAAGAAGACAGGCUUAGCUUGCACACUUACUUAUUGCUACAAAGUUUUUAAUAACAACUGGUCCUCUAUUUUUAUAACUGUAAUGAUUUGCACUUUUUUUCACUAUUUAGUUAUGAACGUUUUCAAUAAACUAAAGACUUUUAACGUUUCUAUAAAAAA